AUGGCUGCUACAACACAGAUAACAGCUGGGACUUCCGAAUUACGGGAUAUAACCAAGAUGGAGCGUAUAGGCGUUCACUCCCAUAUUCAAGGUCUAGGUCUCGAUGAUCGUUUGGAACCUCGUGCGAACAGUCAAGGAAUGGUUGGACAGGCGAAAGCACGAAAAGCAGCAGGGAUGAUUCUUAAAAUGGUGCAAGAAGGACGAAUAGCCGGACGCGCAAUGCUGUUUGCUGGCCCACCGUCAACAGGUAAAACUGCUAUAGCCCUUGGAAUGGCACAAACACUCGGAAACGACGUACCUUUCACGAUGAUCGCUGCGAGCGAAGUUUUCUCAUUGUCUAUGUCAAAAACGGAGGCUCUCACUCAAGCAUUCCGAAGAAGUAUUGGCGUUAGGAUAAAAGAAGAGACAGAGUUAAUAGAGGGAGAGGUGGUUGAGAUUCAGAUUGACAGAAGUUUGACUGGGGCUACCAAAACUGGAAAGCUUACAAUCAAGACAACCGACAUGGAGACCAUUUACGACUUGGGCACCAAAAUGAUUGACGCGCUGUCGAAAGAAAAAGUGUUAGCAGGGGACGUGAUCGCCAUCGACAAGACCUCAGGGAAGGUUUCGAAACUCGGUCGUUCGUUCGCGCGUUCAAGAGAUUAUGAUGCUAUGGGCUCGGAUACCAGAUUCGUCCAAUGUCCCGAUGGAGAAAUACAAAAACGCAAGGAAGUCGUGCACACCGUUUCUUUGCACGAAAUCGACGUGAUAAACAGCCGGACGCAAGGUUUUCUUGCACUGUUUGCCGGAGACACUGGAGAGAUCAAACCGGAGCUGAGGAAUCAAAUUAACACAAAAGUAGCGGAAUGGAGGGAAGAGGGCAAGGCAGAGAUCAUUCCUGGGGUUUUAUUCAUCGACGAAGUUCACAUGCUAGACAUUGAAUGCUUCUCAUUUUUAAAUCGUGCUCUUGAGAAUGAGUUGUCACCUCUCGUUAUCAUGGCCAGUAACAGAGGGAUGGCUCGCAUACGUGGGACCAACGUGAGAAGUCCUCACGGGCUUCCGGUCGAUUUACUUGACCGUGUUCUCAUUGUUAGCACGAAACCGUACACGGGUGAAGAUAUUGAACAAAUAAUUCAGAUCAGGUGUCAGGAGGAGGACGUAACGCUCUCACCAGACGCGGCCACACUUCUUACCCAGAUGUCUAUGGAAACAACGCUUCGUUAUACUCUGAACCUCAUCUCAUGUGCUCAAGUCGUAGCGAGGAAGAGGAAGUCGGAGGAAGUGGACGUGAAUGAUUUGCGUAGAGCGUAUACCUACUUCAUGGACGAGAAAAGGAGUGUUCAGUGGCUGAAGGAGCAACAAGGCACGCUGGUUUUUGAGGAGAUUGGCGAAGUCGCGGAAGAUGAUAGGAUGGUGAUGGAUUCAUAG